AUGGCCUCUCUGCUCCGGCGGCCUGGCAACCUUGCUCGAUAUUCGAGGAGAGCCGCAGACUGCCUUUACCGCACAAGGCCGCUCUCUGCACACGCUCCGCAGUCAAGACUGUCAGCCCUGAUUAUCGCACACCGAGCCAGGACCUUCGCUACCCAGCCCUCCGGUGGACCGAACCCCCCGAACGACAAUGGCAACAACAAGAACACGGGCUCAUCAACCGGGCCCGGGAAUAACGGCGGAGACCCGAAGAAGCCGGAAGAGACGAAUGUGCUCACCAAGGAACAACAGAAACAUUUAGACGAAUUCAUCGCACAUUUGAAAGAUCGGUCACCACGGAGUCAACAUGAGAUGCUCGACGACGUGAAACUGCACGUUGAGAGGAACGGAUUACCUCCGCCGGUGAAGGAAUUCAUCGAUAACCAUAUCGCCACCGGGCGUCCUGCCUCCCUUAUGACAUAUAUGCGUUUGAUGCGCGACCUGGCAUCUUACCUCGAUGAGAUCGCUCGUGGCGUAGCGCGGAUCGAAAGCGAGCGAAUGAUGAAGGAAAUCGAGGAACUGGAGAAGAAACAUGCAGAGGAAGGAAAGCAACCAGGGAAAGAGGGAGAAAAGGAUCGGGAAGGGAAGAAGGACCAAGGACAAGACAAGAAGCAGAAGGACCAGAACCCAUUUGGCAAGAAUCCGCCGGACCCUAAAGACAUGGUUGUUUUCAAGCUCGACAACAUCUAUUUCUGGGCGGGCUUGAUUGUCAGUUACUAUAUCUAUCGCAGUUUCUACCCGAGCGAGAACAGCAGCGAUAUCACAUGGCAGGAGUUCAGGGCAAACUUCCUCGACAGGGGCUUGGUUGAGAGGCUGACCGUCAUCAACAACACCCGGGUUCGGGUCGAACUUCACCGUGAUGCGGUGGCUCAAGUCUACCCCGAUUCACCUGCUGCUCACCCUGGAUUCUACUACUACUUCACCAUCGGAUCCGUCGACGGCUUUGAGCGGAAAUUGGAGGAGGCCCAGCAGGAACUUGGUGUCCCUAGUGCUGAACGCAUUCCUGUCAACUACCAGGGUGAAGUCCCUUGGGCUGCGACACUCAUAAGCUUCGGUCCCACGGUUCUUCUCUUGGCGGGUGUGUAUUUCCUGUCGAGGCGUGCAGGUAGCGGAGGUGGUCAAGGUGGCAUCUUUGGCAUUGGCAAGAGCCGUGCCAAACGUUUCAACCAGGAGACCGACAUUAAGAUCAAGUUCUCCGACGUGGCCGGUAUGGACGAAGCCAAGGUGGAAAUCAUGGAAUUCGUCAGCUUCCUGAAGAACCCGGAACGUUUCCAGAAGCUUGGUGCUAAGAUUCCCCGUGGUGCGAUCCUCUCGGGUCCUCCGGGUACCGGUAAGACGUUACUUGCCAAGGCCACAGCUGGUGAAUCCGGCGUGCCCUUCUUCAGUGUCAGUGGUUCAGAGUUCGUCGAGAUGUUCGUCGGUGUCGGUCCUUCCCGAGUUCGUGAUCUGUUUGCCAACGCGCGGAAGUCGACGCCCUGCAUUAUCUUCAUCGAUGAAAUUGAUGCUAUCGGUAAAUCAAGAGCGAAGUCCAACUACGGCGGUGGCAACGAUGAGCGUGAGAGCACCCUCAACCAGAUUUUGACCGAAAUGGACGGUUUCAACACUUCCGAGCAAGUGGUGGUGUUGGCUGGUACGAACAGGCCCGACGUUCUCGAUCAAGCUCUGAUGCGCCCUGGACGAUUUGAUCGGCACAUCUCUAUCGACCGGCCUACCAUGGAUGGUCGUAAGCAGAUCUUUGGCGUUCACCUGAAGAAGAUCGUGACGAAGGAGGACAUGGAAUACCUGCAAGGAAGACUUUCGGCUUUGACUCCCGGUUUUGCUGGUGCUGAUAUUGCAAACUGCGUCAACGAAGCCGCUUUGGUUGCGGCCCGUGAAAACGCCGAUCAUGUCACCAUGAAGCACUUCGAGCAGGCCAUUGAACGUGUCAUCGGUGGCUUGGAGAAGAAGUCUCUUGUUCUUUCUCCCGAGGAAAAGCGCGUUGUGGCCUACCACGAGGCCGGACAUGCCAUUUGUGGAUGGUACUUCCGCUGGGCUGAUCCUCUUCUCAAGGUUUCCAUCAUUCCCCGUGGCCAAGGCGCUCUGGGUUAUGCCCAAUAUCUGCCUGCCAACGGCGACACCUACCUGAUGAACGGAAACCAGCUCAUGGACCGUAUGGCCAUGACCCUGGGAGGACGUGUCAGUGAGGAACUGCACUUCGACACCGUCACUAGCGGAGCCAGCGACGACUUCAACAAGGUCACCCAGAUGGCCACCGCCAUGGUGACGAAGUUCGGUAUGUCAUCAAAGCUACGCUACAUCUACUACGAGGAGGACCCGAAGAGCCAGAUGCACAAGCCUUUCUCCGAAGAAACGGCUCGGGAUAUCGACGCUGAAGUCCGCCGCAUCAUCGAUCAAGCCCACCAGCAGUGCCGCGACCUCCUGACCAAGAAGAAGAAGGAAGUUGGCAUCGUGGCCGAGGAACUCCUCUCCAAGGAAGUCCUCAGCCGCGACGACAUGAUCCGUCUUCUGGGCCCUAGGGAGUGGCCUGAAUCCAACGAGUUCGCCAAGUACUUCGACGGCCGCGGCGGCGCCACCAUCGCUCCCCCUGAGCCCACGGAAUCCACUGAAGGCAAGGACGGCCGCGACUCUACCCCUAUCCCCCCAUAG